GCAGACCUUUUGGCUACUGAGUUCACUACAUUGAUGAAGCGUGAGGGAUACUACCUAUCUAGUGAUCACGUAGAGCCUACACCUCUCAAGGCUGAUGAUGCCUUGAGCAAUCAGCGUAGUGCUAGUAUUAGAAUUGGCACUCCAUCCACUGGAACAAUCGAGCUACCUUCUUCAACUCUAACCCCAGGGAUAUCACCUUCAAGACUCAGUGCCGUAUCCAUGCAACUCCCAUCACAGAAUAUUUUCUCUGGGGGCCAAUCACUCCAUUCUGAAAACAUAUGGGCAGCUCUCGCAAAUAGUUGUGUAUCCAAACUACCACACACCAUUGCCGCACAAACCAAUUGCAUGAUGCCGCAAGUCCAGGAGCUUUUGAAUAGGCGUGCCUAUCUAGUGUAUCAGAUGCGACAAAGAAAACUACAACAAAAUGAAAUCAGACAGAGCAGAUUGGAACUUGGAGGAUCAGGUGCAAGUGUAGGUGGUGGUAUGACUGAGCAGGCUGGCAGAGCCCAGGGGUUUGGAAAUGCUGGUCUUGGUUCAUUUGGUAAUGUCACAGGCAUGAGGUCCUCCACUUCCCCUAGGGCAUUGGGAGGAUGGAUGCCCCGGGCUGGAAAUGUAGGCCAGUUUAACAAUCUUGGUUGUGGAACAUCUGGUUUAAAUGACAGCAAGCCGCUUCCCGGUCUGAUGUCUGAUCGUUCAACGGGGCUUUCAAGUAAGUUGAGGGCAGCAGAAGGCCAAGGGAUGAAAGCCUUGAUGAGUGGGGCUCCAGUUCAAAAAAAGGCAGGUCAUGGGGUUCCAAUGGACGUAUCAAAUAUUCCAAACCUGGCUAGUAAAUUAAGCAAGGAGCAGCAGCUACAACCACAGGUGCAUCAGCCAAUCCAGCAACCACAAAAAGAUAUGGUGCAGCCAUUACUCCAGCAUUUAAGUUCACCUCAGAGUCAGGUUAGCCUUCGUCAGCAAUUUGACCAACAGUCUCAGGUGAGCCAGCAACUGAGCCCAGCGCCAGCACCACAUCAGGUGAAUGGAGAUGUGGGUCAUGGAAGUCCAGAGAGGAGCUCUCAGACUCAUGGGUCUGUGGGAAGUAUCAAAACUGAAGCUCCAUGAGUGUUGUUUUUCUAGCUAGGAAGGGUAGUGUGGUGGUAGUUCAGUCAUGAGUCUUUUUCUUUUGCUCAGUAGUUCAGUCAUGAGUCAACACAGAAGGUAAGAUUCAGGGAGAACAAGGCGGUGUACAUAGGGCGGGCUUGUGCAAUCAUGUAAUCACCAACAUAGGAGGUAUACCAUUUUGUCGUCGUUUUUGUUUCCCUUUUUACCUUUUAGGAGAAAGAAAUGGGAAGAAAAAGAAAAGUCAGCCUCAUGUUCCAGUCUUCACUGUUUUCUUAUAUA